AUGAACGAAGACGAGAAGAAGCGUGCAAAUUGCCCAGAUGAAAGGAGCAUCAAACUGACUGACAUCACUCCUGCUGAAAGUGGAACAUUACGUGCUGAACUAAUUCCACAACGCCAUCCGAAUGAGAUACAGAACGGCCACUCAGGUAUCUUCCAUCUAUUUGUGCCUGUGGGAAACGAUCCCAUGUUGACCAUGCACUAUCGUGUCUCAAGGGUAUCCAUCGACGCCAUGAUGAGAUCCGUGAUCUCUUUGAACAGCUCACGACGGAGAUAUCGCCUAGUACUUCCACUGACCGGUGAACAACUCCACUCGACGGGUAAUAAGCAAGAUGAGGCUAGGCUUGAUCUGAGCAGCGGCAACUUGGCAACGUGGGCAGCGAGCAUUCUUUGA